AUGCUACCCACGCCGACACGCCCUUCUACCACUACCUCCAAUCACAACCGCUCGCCACAUCGCAACCCCCGGCCCCCUCACAUUCAAGCCAAAGCAGGACCCAGCCGGAUCUCUACUUCGACACCUUCCCUAUCCCGACCCUCCUCAUCCGCAGGACAUAGCCGGUCCCGAAACGACCACACAACCAAGCCUGAUCCCUCAUCCUUACCUCUAUCCCCGGACCCAGACCUAGAAUCUGAUCGACAUACGUACACGAGUAUGGCGGAACCGGCGUCACCCACGCCUACGCCGCGGCAUAGUGCGAGAAGGCGGGGAAGACCCGCGCGGACGAGGGGAGGACAGCAGCGCGCCGCAGGAGCAGGAGAGGAGGAGUCGGAAGAAGGUACCGGAGAGGAUGAGCUGUUUGGGCUGUUGGGGAUGAGCGGUAGUGCGCCGCCGCGUGCAUCAGAAGGCGAAGAGAAGGGGAACAGUGAAGAGAAUGGGAGGAAGGGGGUGUUGGCUGUGUCGAAGGCGGAUAUCGAGGCGAGUGGGGCACAGUCGAGGACGAGGGAGAGGAAGUCGGUGCCUCGGCCGAAUGGAGCGGGCUCGGACCAGAAGGUCACGGCGAUGGAAGCGGGCACGAGCGGUGGACCAGAGGCUAGGGUAGAAGGAAAUGGAGGGACACCGCGGAAUCGCCGCGCUCCCAAGCCCAGGACAGGCAGGCAAGCCGUACUCCCCGGUGCCGCAUCCGCCGAUUCGACUGCGCAGUCCGAGAGCGAUACACCCCACACCGCCAGCCAGUCCACCACGCCCAAACUGCGCCAAGCUCGGACAGGUCGGAACUCUACCAAACCCCAGCCCGGGCCCGAAACCCACUCCCGGGCCUUAUCGGGCCUUUCUGCCCAACUCGCUGCGCACCCAUCCUCCGGCUUCGACUCCAGCUCCAAACCCUCCGUCUCAACGAUCCCCUCAUUUUCACUCCAUGCCUCCUCCUCCUCUGGCACUUCGACGGCAUACGACCUCACCUCUCUUUCUCGAUCCCUACCCAGCGACGCGCUCUUUGCGCCCUCAUCGGGCUCCACCGUCCGUGGUGGGACACCGGUCAUGGCGGAGCGGGGCGGGUUUGGGGGGACGACGACCCCGCACAAGGCGGCGGCGGCCAAGGCGCGCCGGAAGAAGGGGGUGGACAGCGAGGAUGAGAGUAAAGUGUGGGACGAGCCGACGGACGCGGGACCGGCUGUGGCGCAGGAUAUGACUUGGCAGCAGCAACUUGGAUCUUAUCCUUAUGCCGAUUCUGUGUCCGCCUCUGCGUCUGUCUCUGCGUCUGCGUCGGGGCCAUCUCGACGAGAUAUCCCACCUGCAACGGGUACUACGUCUGACUCGGAGCCUAUCCCAGCUGGGACUUCGACCGGAAAGUCCAAGCGAAGCCGAGCGGCCCGGCCCGUCCCCUCCCCUCUCAACCCAUCUCAUUCCCCUUCCGUCCGACCCACCCAUUCGCGCCGCUCAUCCGCCGACGCCCUCCCUACCGCCCCUCACUCGCGACACCUCUCCUUCCCUCUCCAAACCUCCCGACCGCCCAGAUCAGCAAACGCCCACGCCCACGCCCACGCCCAUGCCCAUGCGCCCCCGCCAUCGGCAUACCAGCCCAGCACCUUCGAUACCCUCCCGCCCUUCAAUCCUGCGCAGAACGUCAGGAGGGCGCCGCAGACCCCGGCAAAGGGCGGUCUGGCGCACAAGUAUGCGGUGAUGGAAUUGCCGCUCCUUGCUGGAGGAUUUCCACGGAUGCGGUCGGAGCCGGGGUUGGCUACUCAGAGUGGGGCAUCACAGGGUGGGCUGGGAAGUGGGAGUGGGAGUGGGAGUGGGAGUGGGAGUGCGAAUGGGCUAUCGGGUCUAGCGGGGAAUUAUGCGGGUGCGGACUUUCAUAAUUCGCCUCAUGGACGAGCAUUACCCAAGCCCGACAUGGAGGAUUUCUGA